UUUGGAGGUUCUUACCAGGGCUAGGCGAAAUAAAAAGCGAAUUCGCAAUGCAAAAUUAGCCCAGCCCUGCCCAUAUGCAUGAUCCAACUUAAAAAAUUUUUUAAUACAGCCCAAACCCACAAAAUUAGCGGAAAUAUAACUUUACACGAUCCCUGCAUUGUACAACUCAAAGACGGCAAUUUUAUCAUUUAUUCAACUCACAACGGCCUAGAAGCUAGAAUAUCCUCAGAUUUGUUUGAAUGGGAAGGUGCUGGAUUUGCUUUUUCUAAAGGCGUUCCUUGGGCUAGAGGUUUAACGAAGGAUUGGAAUGAAUUGUGGGCUCCAGACAUUUCAAUCCAUGGAGGUGUUUAUUGGCUUUACUAUGCGGUUCCCGUUAAGACUGGGACAAAAACCGCAAUAAUUGGCUUGGCAACAAGUACAAGUGGAAUGCCAGAUUCUUGGAAGGAUCAAGGCCAAGUAAAAGAGAUUUUAUAGUGAAAUUGUUGUCGGCUAGGACCCGACCCUAAGAGCCAAGUUCAUUUCUUACUCUCCCUCCUACCUCUGACCCUUAAGUUGUCUAAAUUUUCGUAUAAUUGGAACUGUGCCAUAAGGACUUUAAAAACCGAAAAACG